GUGGGGUGCUGGGUCGGAAAACCUCCAAGAGUGCCCUGGCUCAUUGUACGGUCACUUGUCCUGGUGCGGAUACGUCCGGCGGGAACGGUGGCUGACAAUGGCUGGGGCCUGGUGCAUCCUGGGCAACGGCGGUAAGUGACUUCUCGCUAUUUAGAGAUCUCACUUACCGACGGCUAAUAUUCCGACAGAGGUGGUGAGCGGCGAGCCCAAGUUAUGGGGUUUGUCGUGUUUUUGUUGGGGGCGGGUUUUGUUCCGCGACUUCUCGUAGUGGGAGUGGUCGGCGGGCCCGGUGAGUGCUUCGUUGCGCAGCCGGGCUGGUUUCAGUGCCACCGCCGAAAAACCGUAAUCCCUCGCGGAGGUGUGGUCAUGUUUCGCACCCGAGUGAGGGGACGGGGGCCUUGGCUUAACCGCCUGGGCCGCGAGGAGUAAACCUCUAUAAAAAUCCUCUUGUGUAAGCUUCGGUGCCUGGCGAUGCAUAGUUCGUUGUGCGGUGCACGCUACCGGACAUUAAAAGUUCGGUUAGCGUGUUCUGUGCUGCGGGCGGGUCGGUGGAGUAUCAUCGGCCGCAAGGGCACCAACCUCGGGGUAUCUGCCGCACCCCGUUGUAUGUAGGCCGCACGCAGAAGCAGGGGCUCCCCUGCGUGUGAAACCUUUCCCCCAUACUCGUGGGAACAAGUAUGGAUAUGUCAAAAACAAAACCCAAAAUUGAUGUCGUGUCCGAGAAGGACGGUGAGAAGUCGGUGCCCGCGAAGGGCGGAGAGAAGUCGGUGCCCGUGAAGGGCGGUGUUAGUAAAAAGAAGUCGGAAGUGGAGGUUCUGAAAGAGUGCUCCGUUGUACUGGGCGAGGAUGUUGUGGAGUUAGGUCGCCGUCGCACUCGUCACAGCUUGUUGAGGGCGGUUGCGGGCGAGACCGACUGCGGGUCUUCGCGGUCGAGCUUGUGCGCAUCCCCAAUUGAUGAAGGCAUGGAGACGGAGCAGUUGCCGUCCACAUCUGGACUACGCUCCUGGCGCAAAAGGCGUCUCAACGAGUCCGAUACGGACUCCACGGUCGAGGAUGAGGGCGAUGUCCAAUCCGUCCGCAAAAGGUCCGGCAGCCCUAGAGUGGGAUCGAGAGCCAGUUCGAUCGCUAGAAAGAAGGAGGAGUGUCGGCAAUUCACAUACCGAUUUUUCGAAGAUGAAGGGACAGCCGCUGGCAAAUCUGGUCUGCCCCCAGUGACGGUCUUAGAUUAUCACGAGAGUGAUUUCUUUUCUUCCGGAGAUGAGGAGUCAGACAAACCGACGGAGCUGGACAGGCCGACGGCAUCUGGCGCCACUGCCACCGCUGCCGCCGGUGACAAGAACAAAGUGGCCGAGGAGGUACUCCAUAGGGCGAAACUUCUCGUCCAUCGGCAAGCGGAUGCUCUUAGCGACGUCGUUAAGAAGGCGGGAAAUCUCAAAGGGACCACCAUAAGGACCCUGAAAGAGGGUUUGGCCGGGAUCACACAGGUUGUGGACACCUUGGAGGGGGAUCUAUUUCCGACGUCGGUCUCUCCACUGGUCUCAAAGAACCUGAGACUUGAGCAGGAAGUCGAGUACCUGCGUCGGCAGUUGGCCGAGGCUCGUGCUGCCAAGCCAGCUGCCAAGCCAGCGGCCCAGGCCGGUAUCUCGGCAGACGGUGUUCCUGUUGUAGGAAGUGAUGCGAGCGCAUUCCGUGCUCAAAUAAUGAGAGAUGUCGGCGGCAUCGUCCGCCAAAUGGUAGGGACAUUUAUGAAAGAGGUGAGAGAAAUGAUCUCAAUUCGCCCCCCUCCAGAGAAGGUGUCGUCCUCGUCUGCGGUCUCCACGCAAACUUUGCCCGAGGCCGGGACAAUGGCGUCAGAUGUGCCCGACACCCCUAGAGUCGGCGACCGGGGUUCUCUUCCCCAGUCAGAAACGGGUCGGGCCAAGAAGAAGAAGGCGAAGAAGACGCCCGUCACACCGGCGCCCUCUGGACAGCCCGAGCCGGUGGCUUCGACCUCCGCUCAAACGUCUGUGCAGUCGACCGCGUCCUCCUGGGCGACGGUCGUAAAAGGAAAACGGGGCAAGACCGUCAGUGUUCCCGAAGGGCAGCCUGUGGCUGCGAACCCUCCGGUGACGAAAGCCGGUUCGGCCCCCUCGAAGAAGGCAAAGAAGACGAGCGCACCCUCGCCUUCUAAACUGAAACCGCCUCGCUCCGCGGCGGUGAUUAUUACGUUGGACCCGGAGGCGGAAAGGGAGGGUGUCGCGUAUGCGAAUGUCUUUGCGGAGGCCAAGAGAAGGAUCGAUCUCCGCGCAUUGGGGAUCGAAGAUAUGCGGUUUCGCACCGCGAUCACCGGCGGUAAGGUCCUAGAGGUCCCAGGUGCUGAUGGCGCGGAGAAGGCCGACGUUCUGGCGUCGAAGCUCCGGGAGUUCAUCCCGGAGAAUAUGGCCAAAAUCUCCAGGCCCGUAAAGUCCGCGGAGAUGCGGAUAUCGGGCCUGGACGACAGUGUUACGUCGGAGGAAGUGGCCGCUGCGGUUGCCCGGGAGGGUGGCUGUCAGGUGGACCAAGUGCGAGUCGGAGAGGUUCGACGUACUAGAUCUGGGGUGGGCACUUGCUGGGUUAAAGCUCCAUUGCAAGUUGUUAAGAAGAUGACGGUCGCCGGCCGAGUUCGUAUAGGCUGGGUUUCGGCGAAAGCAGAGCUCCUGCGGCAGAGGCCGCUUCGGUGCUUCCGCUGCUUGGAGGAAGGACAUGUGCGGGCAUCCUGCAGUCAUGAGCAGGACCGCAGCGGUCUAUGUUACCGCUGCGGAAACGAAGGCCAUAAGGCGGCGAUGUGCGCGGCCGACCCAAAGUGCGCUGUGUGUUCAGCGCAGGGCCGGCCGUCGGACCAUUGGGUGGGGUCCAAGGCCUGCACUCCUCCUAAGAAGCGUAAGAAGCAACCGGUGAAAUUGCCGAACCCAGCAGGCCGGGUGAGUGUGGAGGGAGAGGAGAUGGAAACGGGCAGGUAGUCCCGCCCUCCUCUCCGGCGAUAAUUACAUCGCCACAGGGCCGGGGUGACGACUGCGGGGGCAGUCCCACCCCACACCAACAUGGCCCUGGGAAGUCGCGCGCGCAUCCCCGCGCGCUUCCCCUAGACGGGGGUGGGUAUUCAACAUCUCGUACCCGCCCCAAACUGAGUCGGGGCCCGCGAGCCGGUGCGGGCCAAUGCCGUUGGGGAUCCCGGUAGAUUACGCAAGGGAACCCGGGUUCCCAACAUUAAGGCGCGGCGAGGGAAUGCCAUGUGGUUUUUAGCCGGUAGGAGUCCGGCAGUAUUCACACCCUCCCCCGGGGGUGUGUCUCUGCAUUACGCAUUUUCCAAAUUUAAAAAAAAAAAAAAAAAAAAAAAAAAAAAGGUUAGGUUAGGUUAGGUUAGGUUAGGUUAGGUUAGGUUAGGUUAGGUUAGGUUAGGUUAGGUUAGGUUAGGUUAGGUUAGGUUAGGUUAGGUUAGGUUAGGUUAGGUUAGGUUAGGUUAGGUUAGGUUAGGUUAGGUUA